CGGAGCCGGCAUUGGCCGCCCGCCACCGGGGGGUCCCCCCGCCCCUCCGCCCGCCAUGGGCGCCGCGGCCCGCAGCCUGCCGCUCGCGUUCUGCCUCCUGCUGCUGGGGACGCUGCUCCCCCGGGCCGACGCCUGCAGCUGCUCCCCGGUGCACCCGCAACAGGCGUUUUGCAAUGCAGACAUAGUGAUCAGGGCCAAAGCGGUCAGUAAGAAGGAGGUGGACUCUGGCAACGACAUCUACGGCAACCCCAUCAAGCGGAUUCAGUAUGAGAUCAAGCAGAUAAAGAUGUUCAAGGGACCUGACAAGGACAUAGAGUUUAUCUACACAGCCCCCUCCUCUGCGGUGUGUGGGGUCUCGCUGGACAUUGGAGGAAAGAAGGAGUAUCUCAUUGCAGGGAAGGCCGAGGGGAAUGGCAAUAUGCAUAUCACCCUCUGUGACUUCAUCGUGCCCUGGGACACCCUGAGCACCACCCAGAAGAAGAGCCUGAACCACAGGUACCAGAUGGGCUGUGAGUGCAAGAUCACGCGAUGCCCCAUGAUCCCAUGCUACAUCUCCUCUCCGGAUGAGUGCCUCUGGAUGGACUGGGUCACGGAGAAGAAUAUCAACGGACACCAGGCCAAAUUCUUCGCCUGCAUCAAGAGAAGCGACGGCUCCUGCGCCUGGUACCGCGGAGCAGCACCCCCCAAGCAGGAGUUUCUGGACAUCGAGGACCCGUAAGCAGGCCACCAGCACCCCUGGGGCCAAUUGACAGCGUCCAAGAGUUCAGACUGGUCCAGCUCCGACAUCCCUUCCUGGAAACAGCAUGAAUAAAAACAGUCAUCCAAGUGGCUUUAAGUUAGUGUGAUUAUCCUCUCCGCCCCCAUCUUCAUUUUAAACACACAGGUGUGGGUCUGGAGGCAGAGAUGGGUCCCACACCCCAUCCGCCAACCUGGGCACUGUGCAUCUUGGUCUCCUGUCCCUGGGUGCGGGCAAGGGCCGGACGCACAGGUGUCCCUCCCGGGCCCAGCCCUGGCACUGUCACAAACGCUGAGCAGACAGCACUUGGGGUCCCCAAGCCUGGUCAGGGCAGAGCCUGGAAAUGUACAUUUUGCGGGAACUUUCGAGGGUCAUUGCCGGACUGUGUAGCAGGCCUACCAGGUCCCUUUCAUCCUGAGAGGGGCAUGUCCCUCAGUUCCAGUAGUUUCCACACCUCUGGCCCUAGGGUGGUGGCCCCUGUGCACCCCCUGUCUCCCCCAUGCCCACCAUGGACUCCCAGCGUCUGUGACUUCCAGGAGCAGCCCUGGACCACUGGCUUGCUCUGGAAGGAUCCCCAGUUAAUCAUAUUAAUCUGCAGGAUUCCAGCAGGAGCUUCCCUCCCUGGCCUUGUAGAGAUGUGAGGGCGGCAGGCUUCAGCUCCAGCCAAGUUUUUUGGGUCCCAUCCCCGGCCCGCAGGACCCGCCCCAGCCCUUGAGGGAGCCUGUGACAUCCUGCCCUGGCGUAGAUGUUUGGCAGGGAGGCCUGGCUGCCCCUAGAGUUCAUUCCUGAGCUGCUAAGGCCCCUCUCACACCCUCCUCUGUCUGGCCUUGGGCACCCAGGUGGAGGGGCAUGAAUUGGCUUUGCGAGGGGCUCUGUGUGGCCAGUGGCAUGAACUACCCCUGCUGUCUGGCACAUCUUGAAGACAUCAAAAGCUGGGUCCUGCCCUGUCCCCCAACACACCUCAGAGCCCCCCAAGCAGGUGCCAGAGUUUUAACAGUGUGACUCCCUGGAAGACUGACCGUCAGUGUGCCCCAGGGGUGCAGGGGUUCCUCAGAGUGAAGUCAGCAAAGCACAGAAUGAAGACCUCCCUUGGGAAGGAUGAAUUUUGGCGGGGAGGUGGUGUUAGUAAAGCGCUCAUGGCUUUUCUGGGCCUCCAGAAUACUGUGGCCGGCUUUAAGAGACAUCUCAUUCUGCUAAAGAUGAAUUCUUAGGGAAUAUGUGAACCCAAAUUUACCAGUGUACCCACCCUCCUCUGCUUAUAUUUCUUGUGUUACAAAGAUCUCCAAGUUAAGAAACUUCAUAGGGAGCUAAGGAGCCUAGCUGUUCCCUAAAGAUAGUUUCCUGAUGCCAGUAAAUCGGGGGUUAAUGGAGUCAGAAAUUUCUCAGUAACAGUAAAGAUAAUCUCCUUUUUCUCCCCACUUGUGCUGUAAAGGUCAACUGUCCUAAGUUUAUCAUGCACGCUAUGCAAACACACAAUGAAACUGGAGUCUGUUGGCCUGGGAGUAGUCGUUCUGCAGAGUUUUCCCAAAGUCAUCUUCUAAGCCUGCUCUAUUCUGUGGUGACCCCAAAGCACCUCUGAGACUCCUGACCCUCCCCCGCUGUGACAUGCACCCCCCCAUGCUCACCCGGGGGCCUGGUCAGCACAGAUUUUGAUGACCCCCUUUCUAGGGCAGACUAGGGGACUCUCCAGGAAUUCAGCCCGCUCCAAGGGCAUCUUCAUGUUGUGCAGUGAUAGAAAGUUUGUAAGAUGUCAUAAUGGACCAGUCCGUGUGAUUUCAGUAUAUAUAAGAACACCAGACCCUCCAGUCAAUAUAACACCCUACCCCCGUCUGCUUCCUGUACGGUGUUAUCAUAUGUAACAUUUACUCCUGUUUCUGCUGAUUUUUUUUUUUAAUGUUUUGGUUUGUUUCUGACAUCAGUUGUAAUCAUUCCUGUGCUGUGUUUUCUAUUACCCUCGAUAGGGGUUAGACUCGCACCUUUUUUUCCCCAAAGGUUUCUGCAUCGUGGGAGCUUUGGAUCCAGAGUGGAAAUGGCAUGAUAGCUAGCCUAUGAUGGUGAUUCCUUCAGACCUUUUCUUCCGUUCUUUGAGUAUCAUUGCUUUUCUGUCUCCUAUUUUUUGUUCUCUUGUUCCAGUUAUUACAAAGCAAAGAAUCUUUGUGUAGGUUGGUUCUAAAAAAUGGCCUUUAUAUUCAAUCCACGCACAUUGGUCUUGUAGCCAUGCUGAGUCAAGAUGAAGAACACAAUGGUGGCCAAGAAUCCACUCAAAUACUCUCACAGUCAAUAAUUGCCAUAUAUAUAUAGUUUAAGAAGGCUCUCCAUUUGGCAUUAAUUUAUAUGUUAUGUUCUAAGCACUGCUCUUUCCUCCCUCUAUUCUUGUCUUCUGCAAGCGACUCAAAGUAUUUAAAAUAAAGUUUACAUUGUAGUUAUUUCCAAAUCUUUGCUUGAUAAGUAUUAAGAAAUAUCGGACCUGCCGCCGUAAUUUAAAGCUUUGUUGAUCUUGUUUGUUUUUGUUUGGAUUUUUUUUUUCGUUUGUUUGUUUUCUCAAUUUUGGGGCAAUGUGAUUUUGCUGGAAUAUGAAGUCUUGAGACCUUCCUUUGCUGGGAACACGUGAGAGUUGUUGAAAGUCGACAAGCAGACAGCGCAUGUCUCCGAUGCUUUGUGUCUUUCUCAAGUGACCGCUCGGUCCGUGGACAAUAAACAGUAUUAUCAGUGAGAA